UAGAUUGCGUAUUAAUAUGGUAUUUCUAUGUAUAAUUUCCGAUGCGACAAAAGUAAAUUAUAGAGAGUAUUGUUACAGGCAACGAUGAUGAUGAUAAAAUGGAAUCCAAAGUCUGUUUGGAUUCUUCUUUCGUGGAGUUUCUUUCAGUCGUCCACUUCUGGAAAAGGAAAAAUCAAACGAAGUUAAAGGUAAGGUAUGAAUUGGAUGAGCAGCUUGAAUUGUUUAACAAUGGCGUUCUGUCUCUCUUUAUUGCGGUUAAUGUGCGCUCAGUUGCUAUGAAUGAGAUAAUCAGUCAUUUAUUGAGUCUCUGAAAAAACUCCACCAGAAAGUUUUUGGGGGCAAGGAUCUCAAAUUCUGCUGAAACCAGCUACCUGUUCUUUAAUCGAUGCAAUUAUUGACAUUCGGCGUCUUUCACUUUCUCGAUCAUUUAGUUUCCUCUCUCUCUGUCUGAUUGACGAGUAGAACUGUGAAUUGAAACAAAGAACACCUAGCGGAAAGUGAAGUAAAUAAUUGUUUCAUUAUUUUUCUGUUGGUGACUUUGUGUUGGAAUUUAUGGCGGUUCACAAUAGAACGUAGAAUCAUCGCUUGUGAUUGGAGGUGAUAUUUAAUAAGAGCGUUAAAUUGGCGGACUCUAUUGAUUUCAGAUUUGACUGGAAGUUGCUCAACUUAGAGGAGGUCGUGGACCGUCGGAGGCGAUGGAGUUUUGAAUGAAACUUCAAAAUCCACUGUGAGUUUCCUGUUUCCUUCCACAUCACCAGACGGCGAUGGAAUUUCAAGCUCACCGGCGGUAUCUGCUAGAUGUAGUUUUAUUAUUGUUAUUAAUUCAGUGUGGUUUAGGUCAGACGGAUUCGUUGAACUCCAGUGCGGACUGGACGGCGUUAUUUGGUCUCCGAUCAUCGUUAGGGUUAAGAGGCAAAGAUUGGCCUAUAAAAGCCGAACCCUGUUCCUCUUGGACCGGAGUUCAGUGCAAAGCCGGUCGAGUUGUUGGGAUCACCGUAUCAGGACUGAAGCGAACUCGUAGUAGGCUGAUCAGCCCUCGUUUCGCCGUCGAUGCGCUUGCGAAUUUUACCGCCUUGGUCUCAUUCAACGCCUCUGGUUUCCUACUUCCUGGCUCCAUUCCGGACUGGUUCGGUCAGUCUCUUGUUACGCUUCAAGUGCUUGAUCUAAGCUCUUCUUCGAUUGCUGGCCCAAUACCCUCCUCCAUUGGCAAUUUAAGUAAACUCACUGUUCUUCGUUUAUCUGGUAAUAGUCUUACUGGUAGUAUGCCUUCUGCAAUCGGACAGUUAUCUCAGUUAUCUGUUCUUGAUCUCUCGAGAAAUCUGCUUACUGGGUCAAUACCUCCCAUUUUCUCAUCUCUUAACAAUCUUACACGGCUUGAACUUGCCUCGAAUUUUUUAUCUGGACCGAUCCCACCCAGUUUAGGCACUCUUAGUAAACUACAGGUGUUGAAUCUUUCGGACAAUAGUUUAACAGCAUCCAUACCAAGUGAACUGGGUAAUCUAUCAGCACUACUGGUGUUUGAUCUUAGCAUGAAUUCGCUGACGGGUGUGCUACCUGUGAAUUUGAAGGGGUUAAGGAAUUUGGAAAAGAUGUAUAUUGGAGAUAACGGCUUAGAGGGCCAUUUGCCAGAUGAUUUGUUUCGAAGUCUUUCUCAGUUACAAGUAUUGGCUUUGAGAGGAAAUAAACUUGAUGGCGGUCUAAAUCGUGACUUGCUAGCACACCCCAAAUUGAAGUUUCUGGAUGUAUCUAACAACAUCCUGACGGGUAGCUCGCCAAGUUUUGUUCCAAACAGUGUUGCUGUAUUCAAUUUCUCAAACAAUUUUCUGUAUGGUCAUCUAAAUCUACCCCUCGAAUUCCAUGGGUCAAUCGAUUUAUCAGGAAACUAUUUCCAGGGUGUUGUACAGAACAAGAGUCAUAAUGUUAGCCUCCGAGGAAACUGCCUGAAAAUGGUGCCAAAUCAAAGAAAUUUUGAGGAUUGUAGACUCUUCUACUCUGGGAAAACCUUAACUUUUGAAGGGUUUGGAGAAGGAAAUCCGGACGAACUAGUGCAUCGUUAUGUUAAAAACAAUCGCUUGAAGUUCAUAAUGGUGGGACUAUUUGGUGGAUUGGGCCUCGUUGUUAUUUUUGUGGUUAUCCUCGUAUUGUUCUUGAAAAUAUGUGGCAAAGGUAAAGCAAAUAAGAGAGAAAAAUCUAAUGAUGAAGCCAGUCCUUCACUUCCAAAGGAACCACUCUACUUCGCUGGUCUGGGAGAUUCAUUUACUUAUGAGCAGAUGCUACAAAGUACUGGGAAUUUCAGCGAAGACAAUCUCUUAAAACAUGGUCACUCUGGAGAUCUCUACAAGGGGUUCCUGGAGAGUGGCCUUCCUGUAGUGAUUAAAAAGGUAAAUAUGCAGUAUUUGAAGAAUGAAAGGUACUCUCUAGAACUAGAUUUCUUCAGCAAAGUAUCGCAUAUGAGAUUUGUUCCAAUCUUGGGGCACUGCUUUGAGCGCGAGGAUGAAAAGCUCUUGGUGUACAAAUGUAUGCCAAAUGGGGACUUGGCUAAUUGCUUGCAGAAGGUUUCCAGUUCAGAAGAUGACACCGUGCAGUCCCUGGAUUGGAUUAUCAGACUGAAAAUAGCAAUAGGAGCGGCUGAGGCCCUAUCUUACCUGCAUCAUGAAUGUAACCCUCCUCUCGUCCAUAGAGAUAUUCAAGCAAGCAGUAUCCUCCUCGAUGACAAAUUCGAAGUGCGUCUUGGAAGCUUGAGUGAGGCCUGUGUUCUAGGAGGGGAUCAGCACCAUAAUGUCUUCUCGAGAUUAAGGAGAACACAACAAAGCUCCGAACAAAGCUCUUCUGGGCCCUCACAAGCAUCCUGUUCGCUAGACAUUUACUGUUUUGGUAAAGUGUUAUUAGAACUUGUAACGGGAAAGGUUGGUAUCAGCAAAGCAGAAGAUUCUACCACAAAGGAGUGGCUGGAAUACACCUUAUCUAACAUAAGUUUCCAUGAUAAGGAACUCAUAACAAAGAUAGUCGAUCCGUCGUUGAUGAUCGACGACGAUCUUCUGGAAGAGGUAUGGGCAAUGACGAUCAUCGCCAAGUUAUGUCUGAAUCCGAAACCAUCAAGACGACCCCUGAUGAGAUACGUCCUUAAAGCAUUGGAAAAUCCUUUGAGAGUAAUCAGGGAAGAAAGCUCUAGCUCAGGCAGGCUGCGCACAACUUCAUCAAGAACAUCUUGGAGUGCUGCUUUUCAUGGUAGCUGGAGACACAGCUCAUCAGAUGUACAUAGAGAAUGUGGCAGUGGUGGCUCAAAACAACCCGGAAGAAUAAGCUCAUAUGGCAGCUGUGGAUAUGAUUUCUUGUCUUCAAAUAAAAGGCUAUCCAGCGAAAUCGUCCCCGAACCAGAAGAAUUUCGAGACGUCGAGAGGCAAGACUAGUUCGAACAACCUUAAUAUGGUAAUCAUUCCUUUGAGAGAAUUUAAAUGGCGGGAAAUUGGUGGGGAAGCUAUUGCUUCAUCCACGCUGCCGUUUAGUUUGUUGGACAGAACAGUAAUCAAUGGAAAUCUAAAUAAACACUACUGUUUAUUAUAUCUACAGAUUACUCUUAUUAUUAAAGGCAAGACAUUACUGUUUAUUCA